UCAUGUGCUGCCAGGUCCAGAGUCUCUCAUGGGUCCCUGUACGGCCUUUCCCAUUGCUGCUGUCUCCAUCGCCACACUCUGCCAUGUGCCACUUUCAGGUAACUCCUCACACUGCUGGUGUGUUGAAUUUUUUGACAUAGGGUGCUGGCAGAUUACGGGCCUCCCAUAGCUGCUGCCAGGCCCCUAAUCUGCCAUGGGCCCCUAUCAUACCGCUCCUCAUGCUGCUGCCAGGUCCAGAGUCUCUCAUGGGUUCCCUGUACGGCCUCCCAUUGCUGCUGUCUCCAUCGCCACACUCUGCCAUGUGCCACUUUCAGGUCUCUCACACACUGCUGGUGUGUUGAAUUUUUUG